ACCGCAGUGCCGGGCGGGAAGGGCCGCGCUGCACGCCGGGAGGGGCCGCGGUGGAGCGCGGGCUGAGGGCGGCGGUGCCGGGAGAGGAGGCCCAGGAUGGCGGAGAGACCGGAGGACCUGAACCUGCCCAACGCUGUCAUCACCCGCAUCAUUAAGGAGGCGCUCCCUGAUGGAGUCAAUAUUUCCAAAGAGGCUCGGAGCGCGAUAUCACGAGCAGCAAGUGUCUUUGUGCUUUAUGCAACAUCAUGUGCCAACAACUUUGCCAUGAAGGGGAAGAGGAAAACGUUGAAUGCUGGUGAUGUUCUCUCUGCCAUGGAGGAAAUGGAGUUCCAGAGAUUCAUAGCCCCUCUGAAAGAAUCCCUGGAAGUUUACAGGCGGGAACAGAAAGGAAAGAAAGAAGCAAGGAAAGACAAAGACAAGAAGGCAGACUCAGAGGAGCAAGAUAAGAGCCGAGAAGAAGAGAAUGAUGAUGAUGAUGAAAGGAUGGAGGAAGAAGAGCAAAAUGAGGAGGAGGAGGUGGACAACUGAGCUUGCUGAUGAGACUUCUUUCAGAGGGAUGCUCAUGCUGUAAAUCCACCUUGCUGUCCCCCUCUUGUUUCCAGUAGGGUUUUGUGCUGGCCCGUCUUUUUUUGGCUAUAAUUUGUACAUAAAGGACUUCUGCUAAAGCUUUUCUCCUGGAAGGACCACUCCUCCCUGUGCCCGGGGGGCUUGGCACCCCUCAGGUCCUGGACAGACAGGAAUGGGACUGGGCUUUUUCUGCUGGGUUGGUUCUGAAACAGAGGGAAAAAAGAAAUGCUGGAUCCUUGGUACUGCUCUCCAGGAGAACUUGAAAGGCUGUGGAAUGAGCUCCUUAAGCCAAGUCAGGGAGUGAAUCAAACAGAUCAUUAAACCUUUGGGGUUCAGAAUCCACAUGAUGAUGUCAGGAAGCUGAACACUGAAGCUUUUUAUACAA